AUAGAAGUAGUGUCAGUUCCUGGUUGCUGUAAUAAUCUCAAAACAUUCUUUCUACUUUCUAUAUUUUAUUACUAACUAACUAACCUUUCCUCACACUCUUAUUCCUAUUACCUUAACAACAACACUAACAUGCUUGGAACUAUAGCUACUUCCAUUACCGUAACACCAUGUUUUUCACCCUCCAUCAAUUUCCUUCCAAGAUCUAAUCAUGUUCUCACAACAACCUCAAACUCAAUUCUUCCAUUGAAUCAUGGCCACUGUGUCACUCUCUUUUCAGCUUCCCCCUUGCAUUUUACUUUCUACAGGAGCUUUAGAAGACCCAACACUCUGUUCUUUGCAGAAACUGCUUCAUCUGCUGCUACGAAUGCUGAAUACGUGGAGGAACCAGCAACAAAUGUGAAAUUUCAGACAUCUUUGAUGGUUCCGGGUUGCUCGGAUUCAUUAAUUUUGCUUGGAACUGGAUUCAGAGAGAAAGUUUUUGCAAUCAUUGGAGUCAAGGUCUAUGCCGCAGGCCUAUAUCUGAAUCAAUCUAUCAUAAGUGAGUUGAAUGUUUGGAAAGGGCAAUCAAAAGAUAUAAUUCAAGGAGAUUCUUCUUUGUUCAAGACCAUUUUCCAAACAUCCCUUGAGAAAUCAUUGCAAAUCAUUCUGGUCAGAGAUGUUGAUGGUAAAACUUUUUGGGACGCCUUAAGUGACGCAAUAUCACCAAGAAUUGUAGAACCUACAACUGCAGAUGAAUCUGCUUUGUCUGCGUUCCGCGAUUUCUUCCUUAAUCUUUCUCUUAGGAAAGGAACUUCCAUAUUUUUGACUUGGCCAAACCCCUCCAAAUUGCUUGUUUCUGUCUCCUCACAGGGUCUUCCAUCUGCAGUGGAUGCUACAAUGGAAUCAACAAAUGUAGCUUCUGCUUUGUUUGAUGUAUUUCUUGGUGAUAAUUCUGUCUCUCCCUCCUUGAAAGCUUCAGUGGCCGAAGGCUUAUCGAAAGUACUAAAGUAGAGUAUGGUUUCUAGAAAUGGUUCAGUCUUUGAAUAUAUUCAGUAGUUUCUACCUAUUUUGUUCUAGUGUAUAUGUAAGCAUGCUGUAAAGGUGUGCGGCGAGUUGGAAGUUCUUGGUUUCAAGUACUCGUUUUUUUUUUCCUUCCCUCUACUGAAUCUACAUAUUUUGAUUUGUCCA